GUAUAUAUUUUCCAAACUGGCAGAGAAAGAGGUAUAUAGGUCUCUGGGUGGCGGUGCAAAAGUGGAUGUGAACUUGGUUAACAAUGGCUUCAAGAUUGUGGGCUUCAAGGGUUGCUUCACAUCUCAGGAUCUCAGUCUUCAACAGAGGAUUUGCUUCUGUUGUGAAGGACUUUAAGUAUGCCGACUCUCAUGAAUGGGUGAAAGUCGAGGGUAAAUCUGCAACUGUAGGCAUAACUGACCAUGCUCAGGAUCACUUGGGCGAUGUUGUGUAUGUUGAAUUACCGGAAGUCGGGGUUGCUGUAACCCAGGGUGGCAGUUUUGGUGCAGUUGAAAGUGUUAAGGCCACUAGUGAUAUUUACUCUCCUGUUUCAGGGAAAGUGGUUGAAGUUAAUGAGGAGCUCAAUAACUCCCCUGGUCUGGUUAAUGCAAGCCCAUACGAAAAUGGAUGGAUUAUGAAGGUGGAGAUAAGCAACGGUGAUGAAUUGAAAUCCUUAAUGGACUCUGAUCAGUACUCCAAACACUGUGAAGAAGAAGAUGCGAAGCAUUGAGCGGAAGCCUCACAAUAAUGCAGGAAAGUUUGACUGAAAGGGUUUGUUAGCGGUCAUUCUAAAUUCACUGAAGUAGAAAUGGACACAUUUUGUUGUCUUUUGCUAUCUUUAUCCAACCAUUUGUUGCCAUGUUAUACUCUUUCUUUCUCAUAAGCAAAAAUUGUAGUUCUUUGAUGUGCAAUACUUCUAGAUUCAGAUUUUGUUUUCUCA